GUAUUUUACUAAAUCUGUCAUAACGCAAUGAAAAAAUUAAACCUAUGUCGCGUGCGAACGGGUGCAACGUUUGUAUCAUGUUUUACAUAUGUCAUAAAAGAUUUAAUAUUCUCUCGAAUGCGCUUAUAAAAACAUGAAACGAAUCUCAUUUAAUAAUAAAUAGAUGUGCAAUAACAUUUAAGGAAGUUAUAUUUAUAUAAAGAUACCUUAAAGAUGAAGUUAAUUAGAAAGAACGUUGACAAGGAUGGAAAAGGGAGCAUAGGCCUUGUGCCAGAAAACACAGAAGAUAUGUGGCAUGCUUAUAAUAUUAUUGAGGAAGGAGAUUUUGUCACAUGCUCGACUUUUAGAAAAGUACAAAUGGAAUCAUCAACUGGAAGUUCUAGUAGUUACAAAGUAAGAACGACUCUUACUAUAUGCGUUGAAGAUGUUGAUUUUGAUACUCAAGCAUGUGUUCUUAGACUCAAAGGUAGAAACGUCGAAGAAAAUAAAUAUGUUAAGACUGGCCAAUAUCAUACAUUGGAUGUCGAACAAAAUCGAAAAUUUACUAUUACGAAAGAACAUUGGGAUUCUAUUAAAUUAGAAAGAGUUGAAACUUCAUGCGAUCCUACUCAGAAAGCAGAUGUUGCUGCUGUGGUAAUGCAAGAAGGUAUCGCACAUAUUUGUUUAAUAACUUCCAAUAUGACAAUAGUACGUGCAAAAAUAGAUCAAGUUAUACCUAGGAAACGAAAAGGGAAUGUUUCUCAACACGAAAAAGGUCUGAUGCGAUUUUAUGAGAGCAUUUUACAAGGCAUUUUAAGACAUAUUAAUUUUGACAUUGUCAAAUGUGUUAUCUUGGCCAGUCCUGGAUUUGUCAAAGAUCAAUUUAUGGAUUAUAUGGUUCAGCAGGCAAUUAAAUCUGAUUGCAAAACGAUAUUAGAAAAUAAAGGCAAAUUUUUAUUGAUACAUUCAAGUUCUGGUUUUAAACACUCAUUGAAAGAGGUAUUGGCCGAUCCUGCCGUAGUGUCUCGAAUUUCGGAUACCAAAGCAGCGAGCGAAGUUAAAGCUUUAGAAACAUUUUAUUCAAUAUUGCAAGUAGAUUCUGCCAGAGCUUUUUACGGUAAAAAACAUGUAGAGAAAGCUAAUGAAGCUCAAGCGGUGGAAACAUUACUUAUAUCGGAUAAAUUAUUUAGAUGUCAAGAUGUUGCAUUAAGAAAAGAAUAUGUGGCAUUAGUAGAAAACGUCAAAGAAUAUAAUGGCGAUGUUAAAAUAUUUUCAAGCUUACAUGUAUCUGGUGAACAGCUAGAUCAGCUUACUGGUAUCGCAGCUAUAUUACGCUUUCCUAUGCCAGAAUUAGAAGAUGAAAGUGAUGGUGAUCAGUCAGAAGAGGAUUAAAUAAUAGGUUAAUAUUUAAAAAACUAAAUAUAUAUAUAUAUAUAUAUAUAUAUAUAUAUAUACAUACACAAUUCUGUACAUAUUUGUGCUAAGCACAGUAAAAAAUAUCAUAUUAAUAAAAUGGAAAACAAAUUAUCA